AGCGCACCACUAAUUAACAGAUUCUGGGGGACCAAUCAAUACACUAAUACCCCAAGAUGAAGCAAAGAUUCUCUUCGUUGGAUGUCAAGGUCGUCACCCAGGAACUCGCCUCGGAACUCGUCAACCUACGAGUGUCGAACAUCUACGAUCUUUCCUCGAGAAUCUUCCUCUUCAAACUCGCCAAACCCGACCACCGCAAACAGCUCGUCGUCGACUCGGGCUUCCGCUGCCAUGUGACGCAGUACUCGCGCGCGACGGCCUCGGCGCCGUCGCCGUUCGUCACGCGCCUGCGCAAGUUCCUGAAGUCGCGGCGCGUGACGGCCGUCCAGCAGCUCGGCACGGACCGCGUCAUCGACUUUGCCUUCAGCGACGGCCAGUACCACCUGUUCCUCGAGUUCUUUGCGGGCGGCAACAUCAUCCUCACCGACCGGGAGUACACCAUCCUCGCGCUGUUCCGGCAGGUCGCGGCGGGCGACGGGCAGGAGGAGGAGACGCGCGUCGGGAUGCGGUACGCGGUCGACAACAAGCAGAAUUACCACGGGGUGCCGGCCAUCACGACGCAGCGGGUGCGGGAGACGGUGGAGAAGGCGAGGGAGCUGUUUGCGGCGGAAGGGGGCAGUAAUGCCGCGCCGAAGAAGUCCCGCAAGAAGAAUACGGAUGUGCUGCGCAAGGCGCUGUCGCAGGGGUUCCCCGAGUAUCCGCCGCUGUUGCUGGAUCAUGCUUUUGCGGUGAGGGGGUUGGAUCCGGCGACGCCGUUGGAGGAGGUUUUGAGCGAUGGUGGGGAUGGGGAUUUGUUGGGACGGGUGGUCGAGGUGUUGGAGGUGGCGAAGGGAGAGACGGAUAGAUUGUCCGUUGGGCAGGGGCAUCCUGGGUAUAUUGUUGCGAAGGAGGAUACGAGGCCCAAGGCGAAGGGGGCUGCGGAUGAGAAGGAGGGGGAGGAUGCCGGGGACGCCUCGAGCAAGAAGCCGCCGGCGCUCCUGUAUGAGGAUUUCCAUCCGUUUAAGCCGCGCCAGUUUGAGGGCAAGCCCGGCGUCACGAUCUUGGAGUUUGAGAACUUCAACAAGACCGUCGAUGAGUAUUUCUCUUCCAUCGAGUCGCAGAAGCUGGAGUCGCGGCUCACGGAGCGUGAGGAGGCCGCGAAGAGGAAGUUGGAUGCUGUCCGGCAGGAGCAUGCGAAGAGGAUCGGUGCCCUGCAGGAGGUCCAGGGCUUGCAUAUCCGGAAGGCGGCCGCUAUCGAGGACAAUGUCUACCGUGUGCAGGAGGCCAUGGAUGCGGUCAAUGGUCUGAUUGCGCAAGGAAUGGACUGGGUGGAAAUCGCGCGCCUGAUCGAGAUGGAACAGAGCCGAGGUAACCCCGUUGCGAGGAUUAUCAAGUUGCCUCUCAAGCUUCAUGAGAACACAAUCACGUUGGUUCUGGGAGAGGCUGGCGAUGAGGAGCAAGGUGACGGCGAGGAGCUCUUUUCGGAUGACGAAGACGAGUCCGAGUCGGAGGAUGAGAAGGAGGAAGAUGAGAAUUUUGAGAAGAGGGCCGAUGUGUUGGUGGUUGACAUCGAUCUUGGGCUCUCCCCAUGGGCGAAUGCGACCCAAUACUACGAGCAGAAGAAACAGGCCGCUGUGAAGGAACAGCGGACGACGCAAUCCUCUGCCAAGGCGCUCAAGAGCCACGAGAAGAAAGUCACGCAGGAUCUCAAACGGAACCUGAAGCAAGAGAAGCAGGUUCUUCGCCCGGCUAGAAAGCUUUUCUGGUUCGAGAAGUUCCUCUUCUUCGUCUCUUCUGAGGGAUACCUGGUUCUCGGUGGCCGUGAUGCUAUGCAGAGCGAGAUGCUAUACCGGCGGUACCUCAAGAAAGGCGAUGUCUUCGUGCAUGCAGACCUUCAAGGUGCUACGCCGAUGAUCGUCAAGAACAGAGCGGGCACGCCCAACGCGCCCAUCCCCCCGAGCACACUCUCUCAAGCUGGAAAUCUAUGUGUUGCUACAUCGAGUGCUUGGGAUUCCAAGGCAAUCAUGUCCGCUUACUGGGUCAAUGCCAGCCAAGUCUCCAAAACCGCUGAGGUGGGUGGUCUUGUCCCUACUGGCGAGUUCGUCAUCAAGGGCGAGAAGAAUUUCCUGGCCCCCUCCCAGCUUGUCCUAGGAUUCGCGGUCAUGUUCCAGGUUAGCAAAGAGAGUCUACGGAACCACAAGCUACGCCAGUUCGACGAGCCUGCGGCUGCGGAGCCGAUCGCCGAGGAAGGCGCUCAAGCGGAAGCCGGCAACUCUAACGAUGCUCAUGACAGUCCGUCGGAUGACGAAAAUGCCGAGGAGGGAGAGCGGGAGGAGCAGUCCCCUCAAAAGGAGACGACAGCUGCGAAUGAGACUCUGCCGGAAGAAAGCUUGGCCUCCUCUCAAGAUCAGGGCAAGCGACAGCUUUCCGCUCGAGAACGUCGUCUUCUCAGAAAAGGACAGCCACUCGACUCCCAGGAAACCACGCCCAAGGAAGCCGACGAGAGCGCAAAGAAGCCGGGGUCGAACGGCGCACCGGCCAAACCUACAAACACCAAGCAAGCGGGCUCUACACGGGGCAAGAAGGGCAAGGCAAAGAAGGCUGCGGCUAAGUAUGCAGACCAGGACGAAGACGAGCGGGAGCUGGCACUCCGCUUGCUGGGCGUGAAUAGCGAGAAGGCCGCCAAGGCCGCCGCAGAGGCUGAAGUCAAAGCCAAGCGUGAGCAGGAAGCUGAGGCUCAGAAGAAGCGUCGCAGAGCCCAGCAUGAGCGAGCAGCGGAGGCCGAGCGCAAACGACAGGCUCUCUUCGAAGGGGGUGCUGACGACUACGAUGAGGAGACGGCCGCCGCGGAAGCUGCGGAUCUCGAAUGGAUUCCUGCCAUGAUCGGAACGCCUCAUCCUGACGAUGACAUCCUCGCGGCCAUCCCGGUGUGCGCUCCCUGGGCUGCCCUGAGUCGGUACAAAUACAAGAUCAAGUUGCAGCCCGGUACCGUGAAGAAGGGAAAGGCUGUCAAGGAGAUCAUUGGACGAUGGGUCGCCGAAACGACGACUGGCAAGGUCAAAAAGGAGCAUGCCGAGGACGCUGGCAUUAAUCGGGCAGCAGCCGAGAAGCUCCGCGAGCGUGAAGGCGAGUUGAUCAAGGGGUGGAAGGAUACUGAGAUCAUUAACUCAGUCCCUGUGGGCAAGGUACGAAUCAUGACUGGUGCAGGGGCCAGCGGAGGUGAUAAGGGCAAAGGGAAAGGUGGUGGUGGUGGCGGCGGCGGAAACAAAGGAGCCACUAUGUCUCCCAAGCUAGACACGCGGAUCGUGUCGGUUCGCCGACUCAACAAGGAAGGUCCUGGUGAGCGGUCACUCGCGCAAUGGUGGGCCGAUGAAUGCAACAACAACACCCCCGAAGCGGCUGCGAUCGAAGAAGCUGCACAGCUUCUGCAGACGAGCGACAUCCCCGUCGCAUUCCCCACAGAGACAGUGUAUGGAUUAGGGGCCGAUGCCACUCGCAGUGACGCCGUGCAGGGGAUCUACAAGGCCAAGCAGAGGCCAUCCGACAACCCGUUAAUUAUCCACGUGGAUUCCCUUGGCAUGUUGGAGCGCAUCCUCAACCCCGUCCAUCACAGUCCCACGCGGGUCACGAGCACUGCUCAGAACAAGCUCCCCGCCAUCUACGACUCGGUCAUCUCCCGCUUCUGGCCCGGUCCUCUCACGAUCCUCGUUCCGAACCCCUCCGGAUCCCCCCUUGCGAACGAAGUCACCUCGAACCUCACUACCUUCGGCGUCCGGAUGCCAUCGUCGCCGCUGGCCCGUUUGUUGAUCCAUGUCGCAGACCGACCACUCGCGGCCCCCUCGGCCAACGCCUCCACGAAACCGUCCCCGACAGCCGCAGAGCACGUACACCAUGAUUUGCAAGGCCGCAUCGAGCUCAUCCUCGACGGGGGCCCUUGUGGAGUCGGAGUCGAAAGCACAGUCAUCGACGGGCUCUCGGAUCCCCCGGCGAUCCUCCGUCCCGGGGGCAUCGGCAUCGAGGAGUUGCGACAAUGCCCGGGAUGGGAGAAUGUGCAGGUCGGCUACCACGACGGCACGCUCGAUGUGAAAGAGGUGCCCCGUGCGCCGGGCAUGAAGUACCGACACUACUCCCCCAAAGCUCGGGUGGUUCUUUUCGAGCCCGAAUCCACCGACGAGGGCAUCCGAAACCACAUCCGCAAGGACCUGGAAGACUCGGCGGUCGGCGCGCAUAGCAUCGGGGUGGUGCGUACGCGCAACUGGAAGCAGGGGCUGGGACUCGUCUCGGAGGAGGAGAUCCAGAGCGGCGUGAAACCCGUCGAAAGCUUGAUGGAGAAUCUGGUCUCGUUCCCUGUCCCCGUUGAGGACAAGAUCAAGGCUUGUGUGGUGACGAAACAGACCUUCGACUGCCAUCUCGGCGCGGACAUCAAGUCGAUCGCCCAGGGGCUGUUCUCGGCGCUGCGGGCAAUGGAUGAAGUAGAGGUGGAUGUCAUCUACGUCGAGGGGGUGCCUGAUCAGCAAGGUGACCUGGCCGCGGCGGUGAUGAACCGGCUGCGGAAAGCCGCAGGAGCCGAGCUUCGGGUCUGAUUUAUGACGAGUGGAGUUAUUUUUUUCUUCUUUUCAUACCUUUAGCUUUGUUUUUAAUCUUGGCAUCUAUUUCUGGGCGGUCAUUUUUGGAGACCGUUAGAUGGGCAUAAAUUCUAGAUACG